AUUAUUACCUAUUUUGAUCUCCUUUAAAAUAAAUUCACAUCAGUCAUGAUAUUUCAAUAUUACUGCAGCCCCAGAAUUUGCUCUUGGAAAGACCUACGUGUACAAAUACGAAGCAGUUCUUAUGGGUGGCCUGCCUGAAGAGGGCCUGGCACGGGCUGGACUGAAAAUCCGCAGCAAAGUUUUGAUCAAUCCGGCAGCUGCUGACACCUUUGUGCUGAAGCUUUUAGACCCUGAACUCUUUGAGUACAGUGGCAUCUGGCCCAAAGAUGCUUUCAUUCCUGCCACCAAGCUCACCUCAGCCUUGGCUGCUCAGCUGUUGACACCCAUCAAGUUUGAGUAUUCUAACGGUGUUGUUGGUAGGGUGUUUGCACCGACUGGCAUCUCUGCUACUGUACUAAAUAUCUACAGAGGAAUCAUUAAUAUCUUGCAGCUGAACAUCAAGAAGACUCAGAAUGUUUACGAACUGCAAGAGCCUGGAGUCCAGGGUGUGUGCAAAACACACUAUGUCAUCAGUGAGGACGCAAAGGCUGAACGCAUUCAUCUGACCAAGACCAAGGACCUGAACCAUUGUCAGGAGAGAAUCAUUAAGGACAUUGGCUUGGCUUACACUGAAAAAUGUGUUGAGUGUGAAGCUAGAGGAAAGUCCCUGAAAGGAGCUGCUGCCUUUAACUACGUCAUGAAGCCACUGCCCACAGGCGCUCUGAUCUUGGAGGCAACUGCUACAGAACUGAUUCAGUUCUCUCCUUUUAACAUCUUGAAUGGUGCUGCUCAGAUGGAAGCAAAGCAAACCCUAACCUUCUUGGAGAUUUUGAAGACCCCAGUGGAGCCCAUCCAUGCUGAUUAUCUUCACCGUGGAUCCCUGCAGUACGAGUUUGGCAGUGAGCUUCUUCAGAAUCCUAUCCAGCUUCUGAGGAUUAGCAAUGCUGAGGCUCAGAUUGUUGAGGUCCUGAACCACCUAGUGACCUUCAAUGUGGCCAAAGUCCAUGAAGAUGCCCCUCUGAAGUUCCUUGAGCUCAUCCAGCUGCUGCGUGUGGCCAGAUUUGAGAGUAUUGAAGCUCUCUGGAAUCAGUUCAAAGCUAGACCUGACCACAGGCACUGGAUUAUCGAUGCUGUUCCCGCCAUUGGUAAUCAUGCUGCUCUGAAGUUCAUCAAGGAAAAGUUCCUGGCUGAUGAGCUGACUAUUGCUGAAGCUGCUCAAGCUCUGUUGGCAUCAGUACACAUGGUGACAGCUGACCUGGAAUCCAUCAAGCUUGCUGAGGGUCUGUUAAUGAACCGCAAAAUCCAAGAAAACCCAAUCCUGCGUGAGAUUGUCAUGCUUGGCUAUGGUACUCUGGUUGCCAAAUACUGUGUAGAGAAUCCAUCUUGCCCAGCUGAACUUGUGCGGCCCAUCCAUGAGCUUGCUAUCGAGGCUCUUGCCAAAGGUAAUAUCGAGGAGCUCACUGUCGCUUUGAAAGUCCUGGGUAAUGCUGGACAUCAUUCAAGCCUUAAGCCAAUCAUGAAGUUCCUGCCUGGUUUUGGAAGUGCUGCUGCUAAUCUGCCACUCAGAGUUCACAUUGAUGCUGUUUUGGCCCUGAGGAACAUCGCAAAGAAAGAGCCCAAGAUGAUCCAGGAAAUGGCUGUUCAGAUGUUCAUGGACAAGGCUCUCCACCCAGAGCUUCGUAUGGUUGCUGCUAUUGUGUUGUUUGAGACAAAGCUGCCCAUGGGUCUGGUGACCGUCCUUGCUGACACACUCUUGAAAGAGAAAAAUCUGCAGAUUGCCAGCUUUGUCUACUCUUACAUGAAGGCCAUGACCAAGAACACUGCUCCUGAUUUUGCUUCACUUGCUGCAGCCUGCAAUGUUGCUGUCAAGAUCCUCAGUCCGAAAUUUGACAGACUUAGCUACAGCUUCAGCAGAGCUUUCUAUGUAGAUGCCUACCAUAAUCCUUGGAUGAUUGGUGCUGCUGCCACUGCCUUCUACAUUAAUGAUGCUGCAACUGUUUUACCAAGAGCAGUUGUAGCCAAAGCUCGCACCUACUUGGCUGGAGCUUACGCUGAUGUUCUUGAGGUUGGAGUAAGAACUGAGGGAAUUCAGGAGGCCCUUCUGAAAAUCAAGGAGGCUCCACAGAAUGCUGACAGGAUCACCAAGAUGAAACAAGUGAUGAAGGCUCUGUCUGAGUGGAGGGCUCAUCCUAAUAGCCAACCCCUGGCCUCAGUGAAUGUGAAGUUCUUUGGACAGGAAAUUGCAUUUGCCAAUGUUGACAAAGCCAUUGUUGAUCAGAUUAUUGAGCUGGCCAGCGGACCUUCUGUCAACGCUCAUGGCAGACAGGCUCUGGAUGCUCUGCUGUCUGGUUUCUCACUGCAUUAUGCUAAACCACUGCUGCUUGCUGAGGUCCGUCGCAUCAUUCCCACUGCUGCUGGUCUGCCCAUGGAGCUGAGUUUCUACACUGCCGCUGUGGCUGCUGCUUCCGUUGAAUUCCAUGCCACUGUGACACCACCACUGCCUGAGAAUUUCCAAGCUACCCAGCUUUUGAAGUCUGACAUCAGCGUCAGGGCUGCCAUUGCUCCAAGCGUUUCCAUUCACACCUAUGCAGUUAUGGGUGUGAAUACUGCUUUGAUCCAAGCUUCCCUGCUGUCAAGAGCCAGAGUUCACACCAUUGUUCCUGCAAAGAUGGAAGCAAGAAUUGACAUGAUUAAGGGCAACUUCAAGCUGCAGCUCCUGCCUGUUCAGGGCAUUGAUAAGAUCGCAUCUGCACUUGUUGAGACCUUUGCUGUUGCAAGAAAUGUAGAAGACCUUACAGCUGCCAAGUUCACACCAAUAAUUCCAGCUGAGCCUGCAGUUCAGACCUCAUCUAAAUUAGCAUCCUCAAUUGCUGAUGACAUGUCACUAUCAUCUGAGCUCAUUUCUGAUGACCUGCCAAGAAAACUUGUGAACAGACUGAAACUGCCCGUGGCCUUUGAGAAAAAAAUGUGUGCUGCAAUCGAAGUCUUUGGAAUAAAGGCAUGCACUGAGGUUCAAUCCCGUAAUGCUGCAUUCAUCAGAGAUAGUCCACUCUAUGCAAUCAUUGGAAAGCACGCUGUCAUGGUUGAGGUGUCUCCAGUUGCUGGACCAGUCAUUGAGAGGAUUGAAAUUGAGAUUCAGGUUGGAGACAAAGCAGCAGAAAAGAUCCUCAAGGUGAUUCGUAUCAGUGAUGAAGAGGAAAUUCUUGAGGACAAGAAUGUCCUGAUGAAACUGAAAAAAAUCUUGGUUCCGGGUCUGAAUAACAGGACGGCAGUUUCUUCUAGCUCAAGUAGCUCCAGUGCAAGCCUCUCCUCCUCUGCAUCAUCCAAGUCUUCAAGAAGUCACUCCAGCAGGGCUUCAAGCAGUCGUUCAUCAUCUAGCAGCCGCAGCUCCAGAACUCAGUCCAAGCAGGAACUGUACGACAUGAAGUUCCAAAAGAACCACAUCCACCAGCAUUCCAUGUCAUCUGCCAUGGUCAACAGCAAGAGCAGUGCUCGCAGCUUUGAAGCUAUUUACAAUAAGGCCAAGUAUCUUGCUAACACUGUCACUCCAACUGUGACUGUUCUGAUCCGUGCUGUGAGGGCUGACCACAAGGUGCAGGGAUACCAGAUUGCAGCUUACCUCGAUAGAACCACCGCCAGGCUGCAGAUCAUUCUUGCCAACCUGGCUGAGAAUGAUCACUUUAGAAUCUGUGCUGAUGGUGUGUUGCUGAGCAACAACAAACUGAUGGCCAAGCUUGCCUGGGGAAUUGAAUGCAAGCAAUACCAGACUGAGAUCACAGCUGAAACUGGUCUUGUGAAUCAAAUGCCUGCAUUCCGCCUGAAGCUGACCUGGGACAAACUCCCAAGGAACUUGCAGCCCUAUGCAAAGGACAUCUCUGAGUACAUUUCCCGUGUUGCUCGUGAAAUGGGAGUGAACCUGGCCAAGGUCAAAAAUGUUCGCAAUCAAAUCAAACUGACUGUGGCUGUUGCUACUGAGAAAAGUCUGAAUUUGGUGCUGAAGACACCAAAGAUGACCAUUUCCAAACUUGGAAUCAGUCUUCCCCUUUCUCUGCCCAUUGGAAACACUGCUGCUGAGCUGCAAGUAUACCAGGACAACUGGGCUGACAAGAUCAUGCACUUGCUCACCAAGGCUCAUGCAGCUGAGUGUUCCUUGGUCAAAGACACACUGAUCACAUUCAACAACAGGAAACUGAAGAAUGAGAUGCCUCACUCUUGCUACCAGGUGUUGGCUCAGGAUUGCACUAAAGAACUCAAAUUCAUAGUUCUGCUGAAGAGGGACCAAAUGCAGCAACAGAACCAGAUCAGCCUGAAAAUUGCUAACAUUGAUGUCGACAUGUAUCCAAAGAACAAUGCUAUCGCUUUGAUGGUUAGUGGAGUCGAGGUCCCCAUCAGCAACUUACCAUACCAUCAUCCCGAAGGCAAACUUCAGAUCCUACAGAGAGAAGAUGGCAUCACUCUCCAUGCUCCAGGCCUUGGUCUUCAGGAGGUCUUCUUUAGUCUGAACAUACUGAAGCUUAAAGUUGUGGACUGGAUGAGGGGUCAGACUUGCGGAAUGUGUGGGAAUGCUGACGGGGAAGUCAGACAGGAGUACCGCACUCCUAACCAACGCCAGACCAAGAAUGCAGUCAGUUACGCUCACUCUUGGGUUCUGCCAGGAAAGAGCUGCCGCGAUGCCUCUGAGUGUUACAUGAAACUUGAAUCAGUAAAGCCGGAAAAGCAAAUGAUCCUCCAUGGUCAGGAGUCCAAAUGCUACUCUGUGGAGCCUGUACUUCGUUGUCUGCCUGGCUGCAUGCCAGUGAGGACCACUACUGUCACUGUUGGCUUCCACUGUUUGCCAGCUGAUUCAAACAUGAACCGCUCUGAGGGUCUGAGCAGCAUCUUUGAGAAGAGCAUUGACCUCCAGGAAACAGCAGAGGCUCACCUGGCCUGUCGCUGCACCGCUCAUUGUGUUCGACUUCACACACAUGAGACUGAGAGGGACAGCUGCCCCUUCAUUCGGGCCUUCACAACGCAGUUAGUCAUGACAGCGGUUGUGCUCGCCCUGACUCUGGCCCUAGUGGGUAAGUAUGAUUUCUGCUUUUACUUUGCUGCUGGCAAGACAUAUGUCUACAAAUAUGAGGCAUUGCUUCUUGGUGGUCUACCAGAGCAAGGUCUGGCCAGAGCCGGAAUCAAAGUCAGCACCAAAGUUCUCUUUAGUGCCGCUACGGAAAACAUGUACAUGCUGAAGCUUGUGGAACCUGAGCUCUUUGAGUACAGCGGUGUCUGGCCAAAGGAUCCUCUAAUCCCAGCAUCCAAGCUGACAUCAGCACUGGCAGCUCAACUCUUGACCCCCGUCAAAUUUGAGUAUACCAAUGGUGUUGUAGGAAAAAUGUUGGCCCCUCAGGGAGUCUCCACACUGGUGCUGAACAUCUACAGAGGAAUUCUGAACGUCCUUCAGCUCAACUUGAAGAAGACGCAGAAUGUUUAUGAGUUGCAGGAGGCUGGAGCUCAGGGUGUGUGCAGGACCCUCUAUGCCAUUACUGAAGAUGAAAAAGCAGAACGCAUCCUAUUAACAAAGACUAGGGACCUGAACCACUGUCAGGAAAGGAUCAUAAAGGACAUAGGCAUGGCAUACACUGAGAAAUGUACAAAGUGCCAGCAGGUAAGUUCAGACAACCUGAGAGGAGCUACCGCAUACAAUUACGUCUUGAAGCCACUUGCUAAUGGCAUGCUAAUCCUCGAGGCAAAAGUCAACGAGUUGAUCCAGUUCUCACCUUUCACUGAGAUAAAUGGAGCUGCUCAGAUGGAGACCAAGCAAUCAUUGGUCUUCCUUGAGAUUGAAAACGCUCCUAUUGUGCCCAUUGAAGCUCAGUAUCUUCAGCGUGGAUCUCUGAAGUACGAGUUCUCCACUGAGCUUCUUCAGACGCCCCUCCAGCUUAUCAAGAUCAAAAAUGUUCAUUCGCAGGUAUUGUCACUUUUAAAAGUAUUAGUGAAAAAAGGAAACAAUACAUUUAUUGUGGAGAUUCUGGAUCAUUUGGUCACCCACAAUGUGGAUAAGGUCCAUGACGAUGCCCCACUCAAGUUUUUGGAGCUCAUUCAGGUCCUUCGUGCAGCACACUUAGUAGACCUGGAAAGGCUUUGGAUUCAAUACAGAAACCGCCCCAUCUACAGACAGUGGAUCUUGGAUGCCAUUCCCGCCAUUGGAACACCUGAUGCUCUGAGAUUCAUUCAGGAGAAAUUCUUGUCUGAUGAGCUAACUGUUUCUGAAACAGCUCAGGCUUUGGUUGCAUCUGUUCACAUGGUGGCAGCAAACACUGAGGUCAUAAAGGUGGUUGAGCAACUGGCAGUCAGCAAUAAAAUACUGGAACAGCCAAUUUUGAGGGAGAUCGUUCUUCUUGGCUUUGGCACCAUGAUAUCCAAACAUUGUGCUGAAAAGCCUGUCUGCCCUGCUGAAUUGAUAAAGCCCAUUCAGGAACUCCUUGCAGAAGCUGUUGCUAAAGAUGACACACAGAACAUCAUCCUGCUCCUCAAGGUUUUGGGUAAUGCUGGCCAUCCAAGUAGCAUUAAGCCGAUAACAAAGAUCUUGCCCAUACAUGGCACUGCAGCCGCAUCUUUGACCACAAGAGUCCAUGCUGAAGCCAUCCUGGCAUUAAGGAACAUUGCAAAGAAGGAGCCCAGAAUGAUCCAGGACAUGGCUCUUCAGCUCUACAUAGACAAGGCUCUUCAACCAGAGCUUCGUAUGCUUGCAUGCAUGGUGCUGUUUGAGACAAGACCUCCAGUGGGUUUGGUAACAUCUCUUGCCAGCAUUGUGAAAGCAGAGAGAAAUCUGCAGGUUGCAAGCUUCACUUACUCUUACAUGAAAUCCUUGACCAGGAGCAACAGUGUUAUGCAUAACUCAGUGUCUGCAGCUUGUAAUGUUGCUGUCAAAAUCUUGAAUCCACUUCUGGGCAGACUGAACAUGCGUUUCAGCAAAGCCGUCUAUGCAGACAUCUAUAACAGUCCCUUGAUGCUGGGUGCUGCUGCCACUGCUUUCUAUAUCAACGAUGCUGCAACUCUUCUGCCCAAAUCUAUUGUGGCUAAGACCAGUGCCUACCUUACUGGAGCUGCUGCUGAUGUUUUGGAGGUUGGAGUAAGAACGGAGGGACUCCAGGAAGCUAUUCUGAAAAACCCUAACAUUAUUCAGAGUACUGACAGGAUCACCAAGAUGAAGCGUGUCAUCAAGGCUCUUUCUCAGUGGAGAGCUCAGCCCAACAGCAGUCCCCUGGCUUCUAUCUAUGUCAAGUUCUUCGGACAGGAAAUUGCCUUUGCCAACAUUGACAAAGCCUUGGUUGAUCAGAUCAUUUCGCUUGCCUCUGCAACCUCUGUCCAGUCACUUGGUAGAGAUGCAAUCAAGGCUCUGCUAUCCGGUGCUUCCUUCCAUGUUGUUAAGCCUCUGCUGGCGGCUGAGGUACGGCGCAUCCUGCCUACUGCUGCUGGUCUUCCAAUGGAGCUCAGUCUGUACACAGCUGCUGUGGCUACUGCAGCUAUUCAAAUCAAGGCCACCACAACACCAGCUCUGGCUGAAAACUUCCAUCUCGCUCAGCUCCUGAAGACAGACAUGCAGCUUGAGACUCAAAUCAGACCUAGUGUUGCUGUGAACACGUUUGCUGUGAUGGGGGUAAACACGGCUGUACUUCAGGCUGCCCUGCUGACAAGAGCCAAGCUCAACUCCAUUUUACCUGCCAGAAUUUCUGCAAGACUUGAUAUCAAUGAGGGCAACUUCAAGGUUGUGAUUCUGCCUGUUUCUGUGCCUGAGGAAGUUGCCUCUGUGCAUGUUGAGACUUUUGCUGUGGCAAGAAAUAUUGAGGAUCUUGCCGCCGCAAAGAUCACUCCUCUUAUUCCUGCCAAAGUCUUGGAGCCCCUCUCAAGUCAGAUUCUCACAUCGAAGAUCACUUCUGCUUCAGAUAGCCUGAUAAGAUCCUUGGAAAUCCUUGACCAGGAAGUGGAAUCUUCAAGGCCUAAUAUAAAACCCAAAGCAGCUCAGUUUGAGAAGAAGUACUGUGCCAAAGCUGUUGGACUGAAAGGCUGCGUCAAGAUUGCCACCGAUAAUGCUGCUUUCCUCAGAGACGUUGCCCUGUACAAACUGGCUGGAAAACACAUUGUCGCUCUUUCUGUGAAACCAAUUGAAGGUGAAGCCAUUGAAAGACUGGAGAUGGAGAUUCAAGUUGGACCAAAGGCUGCAGAGAAGCUAAUCAAGCAGAUCAAUCUGAGUGAAGAGGAGUUGGUUGAGGGAAGACAAGUCUUGAAUAAGCUCAAAAGAAUUCUAGCUCCUGGUCAUAAGAACAGCACUUUGUCUUCCUCCUCUAGCUCGAGAAGCUCAAGCCUUAGUUCAAAGUCUUCAUCAUCCUCUUCAAGCUCCUCUAGAUCUCUCAGAAGGUCCAGCUCUGCAUCAAGCCUUGAAUCACUCUUUGGUGCAAUCUCAAUCUCAUCUCGUUCCAGUGCUCGUCUCUCAAAGGAAGUGAUUUAUCAACCCAACUUCCAAAAGCACCAUAAGAGACAGGCCCAUAUCGCUCAAACCACCAUUGCAAAACGUUCCAUGGAAAGUUUUGAGGCCAUCUACCAGAAGAACAAAUUCCUUGGCAAUGAAGUUGCUCCAGCCCUUGCUAUUAUCUUCCGUGCUGUCAGAGCUGACAAACAGGUGCAGGGAUACCAACUGGCUGUGUACUUGGACAGACCUACUGCCAGACUUCAGAUCAUUCUGGCUGCCUUGGCUGCUGAUAACAAGUGGAAGUUAUGUGCUGACGGAGUUCUGCUCAGCAACCUCAAAGUCACCGCAAAAAUCGGCUGGGGAGAUGAAUGCAAGCAGUACGACACCGCCAUUACAGCAGAGACUGGUCUUGUUGGUCAAAGCCCUGCAGCUCGUCUUAAAGUGACAUGGACCAACCUACCUUCUGCUUUUAAACGCUAUGCACAGAAGUAAGCAACUUCAUACACACUGGCAUAUGACUACAUUCCUGCUAACAUGCUGGCCGGCUAUGUUCAAGGAAAGGACGAAAAAAGCCCCGAGCAGCUCUCACUUACUGUGAUUGCAACAUCUGACAAAAAAGUUGACAUUAUCUGGAAAACACCUAUGCAUAUUGUAUAUCAGAUGUCUUUGCAACUUCCCAUUGCUCUGCCAUUGGAUAGAAUCCACGGUCUUACCCCAAUCAACGACAUUGUUGAUAAGGUCCACCACUUGCUUGGCAUAGCUGGUGCAGCUGAAUGUAGCUUUGACGGAGACACACUGACCACGUUCAACAACAAGAAAUACAAGAAUGAGAGGCCUCUGUCUUGCUACCAAGUUCUAGCACAGGAUUGCACUGAUGAGCUGAAAUUCAUGGUUCUUCUGAGGAAGGAUCAACUUGAACAGAACCACUUGAAUGUGAAGAUUUCUGAUAUUGAUAUCGACCUGUAUCCAAAGAACAGUGUUGUGGUUGUGAAGGUCAAUGGAUUGGAAAUACCCAUCAGCAGCCUGCCAUACCAACAUCCCACAGCUAAAAUCCAGAUAAUACCAAUUGGAAACGGUAUUUCUGUACAGGCUCCUAGCCAUGGUCUUCUUGAAGUCUACUUUGACAGGAACUCAUAUAGGAUUAAAGUUGUAGACUGGAUGAGGGGACAAACUUGUGGACUCUGUGGAAAGGCUGAUGGGGAAGUCAAACAGGAGUUCCGCACACCCAGUGGACGCUUGACCAAGAAUCCAGUCACCUAUGCUCAUUCCUGGGUUUUGCCAGCUGAGAGUUGCAGGGACAACACAGAGUGCCGUAUGAAGCUUGAGUCCGUGCAGCUGGAGAAACAGGUCAACAUCCUCGGACAGCAGUCCAAAUGCUUCUCUGUUGAGCCAGUGCUACGCUGUCUACCUGGCUGUUACCCUGUUAAGACCACCACUGUCACCGUUGGCUACCACUGCCUGCCUGCUGAUUCUGCUUCAAAUCAGCAAGAGAAACUUCACAGCAUCUUUGAAAACAGCGUCGACCUGAGGGAAACAGCAGAGGCUCACCUGGCCUGCAGCUGCACUGCUCAGUGUGCUUAAGAACACUUUCUUCUGUCAGUCACCAUUAUUUUUUGAAUAUGAUUUCAAAUUAAACAAAUGAACAACUCAAACAAGUUGUGUUGUGUUUCAAUUGUAAAGAUGCAUGCCGUGAAAAAAAAUAUGCUGACUUUACUGAGAAUGUUCCUGCAUCUAACUGAAAAAGAGAAACUGUUAGCAUGAGAUCACAGUGAUAGUGAUAGUUAGAUACUGUGUGAGAAACAGCUGUGGUUCUUGGG